GGACAGCGAAAACUGGGAAUAAAUCGAAUUGAGGCCAUAUGCGCCAUCCCAGAACCCCGGAAUUUACAUGAGUUAAGAACCUUUUUGGGAAUGACAGGGUGGUGUCGAUUAUGGAUAAUGGACUACGGGCUUAUUGCUAGACGACUGUAUGAGGUGCAGAAAUCACCUGUGUUUGUUUGGAGUAAACCGCAGAAAGAAGCUUUUAAGAAACUGAAGUUGGCGCUGAAAACAGCCCCUGCCCUGGGACUCCCGGACUUGACCAAGGAAUUCCAAUUGUUCGUGCAUGAAAGACAGAGACUGGCUUUAGGAGUAUUAACCCAAAAGUUGGGCAGCUGGAAAAGACCUGUAGGCUGUUUCUCUAAACAACUGGAUCCGGUAAGUGCGGGAUGGCCCUCCUGUUUGAGAGCUGUGGCAGCGACCGUGAUCUUAAUACUAGAAGCUAGAAAGCUGACUUUGGGUAAACAUAUGGAUGUAUUUGUGCCACAUAUGGUGACAACUGUUUUAGAGCAAAAAGGGGGGCAUUGGCUGUCACCCAGUCGGAUGAUGAAAUAUCAGGCAAUUCUAACAGAACAAGAUGAUGUAAGUUUGAAAACCACUAACUUGUUAAAUCCGGCAGUUUUUCUUGGAACAGAUCCAGAAGAGGGAACUCUUGAGCAUGACUGGGUGGAAGUUAUCGAGCACACCUAUGCAACCAGAAUUGAUCUAAAAGAUGUACCUCUCGCAAACCUGGAUUGGGAAUUGUUCACUGAUGGAAGCAGCUUCGUGGAAAAUGGAACACGAUACGCGGGAUAUGCCGUGACUACGUGGAAAGAAAUAGUGGAAGCACAAGCGUUGCCCCCAGGAACAUCAGCACAGCGAGCAGAGCUGAUUGCUCUAACAAGAGCUCUAGAACUUAGUGACAACAAGAAGGCUAAUAUAUGGACAGACUCAAAGUAUGCCUUCGGAGUAGUUCAUGUUCACGGGGCCUUAUGGAAAGAACGAGGAUUGUUAUCUGCGCAAGGUACAAACAUAAAAUAUCAAAAGGAGAUAUUAGAAUUAAUAACAGCAGUACAAAAACCGGACCAGCUGCGGAACACCUUGGUAUGGAAUAGACCUUUACCUCUGGAGAACCCAGUACACGACAUUCAACCUGGAGACCGGGUAUACAUCCGGAAUUGGAGUGAAGAACCUUUGAAAGAACGGAUCAACGGCCUCCCUAUUAUGGAUGGACCAAAGAUGUUUUUCCGGUUCCAACAGAUAGUAGACAUCAAACAGAGAUUC